AUGGCGUUCGUCACCGCGAGCUGGAACCCGCUUGGAGACGCCUUUUACCGGAAGUCGGAGCUCUACCAGAUGAGCUGGAGUCUGAAGGACGGGCUCAAAGACGCUCUAGUGGGAGCAGCACCAUAUGGGGGGCCCAUCGCAAUCCUGAAGGAGCCUCACAGACGUUCUCCGAGCUCUCGUCCUCAUCUGGAAAUUUACUCUGCAUCUGGAAACACACUAUCAUCCUUCACUUGGAAGAGUGGGACAGUGGUACAUCUGGGAUGGAGCGUCUGCGAUGAGCUCCUCUGUAUCCAGGACGACGGCACUGUCCUCAUCUACGACCUGUUCGGGACGUUUAGGAGACACUUCUCCCUGGGACCGGAGGUCAGUCAAAGUCAGGUAAUGGAGGCUAAAGUCUUCCACUCUCCAUAUGGCACUGGUGUCGCCAUAGUAACCAGCUCUGGACGCUUUACUGUGGCAACAAACAUUGAUGAUCUGAAGCUACGGCGCCUCCCAGAGGUCCCAGGCCUCCAAGGGCCCCCCUCCUGCUGGUGUGUCCUCACUCAGGACAGACAGACUAAAGUCCUUCUGUCCAAUGGCUCCGAGCUGAACGUCCUGGACAACACCUCCUGCAUCGCCGUGACCCCCCCUGGUCUCACUCCGGACUCUGGACCCAUCCUUCAGAUAUGCGUCUCCUUCAGUUAUAAAUAUCUGGCUGUAUUCACCAAGAGCGGCCUGGUCUGGACCGGGACCUCAGACCUGAGGGAGAAGUUCAGUGAGGUGGACACCAAGAUGCACUCAGCUCCACAGCAGAUGGUCUGGUGCCGUCGGCCUCGAGCCCAGCAGCCCUCUGUGGUCCUGAUGUGGGAGCGCCUCCUGGUGGUGGCAGGGCAGUGCAGCGACACCAUACAGUUCCCUCUUGACCAGACCUCAGUCCUGGUCCCAGAACUGGAUGGAGUCCGGAUUAUCUGUGGGACUCAUCAGGAGCUGCUUCAGGAGGUCCCUCUGGUCUCACAGGAGAUCUUUAAGAUUGCAUCUAUGAGUCCAGGAGCUCUGCUGCUGGAGGCCCACCGAGAGUAUGAGAAGCACAGUCAGAAGGCAGACGAGUACCUGCGGGAGAUAAAGGAUCAGAGAGUUCUGACUGAAGCUGUGACUCAGUGUGUGGAGGCUUCAGGACACGAGUGGAACUGUACAGUCCAGAAGGCACUGCUGCGGGCGGCCUCCUUUGGGAAGUGUUUUCUUUCAGACUUCAGUCCUGAGGUGUUUGUGUCGACCUGCAGAGAGCUGAGAGUACUGAACGCAGUGAGAGACACCAGCGUGGGCCUCCCGCUGAGCCACACCCAGUUCAAACAGAUGACUGUGCAGGUGCUGAUUGACAGGCUUGUCCACCGGAGGCUCUAUCCUUUGGCCAUAGAGAUUUGUCGAUAUUUAAAGAUCCCAGAGUUUCAGGGAGUGAGCAGAGUCCUGCGCCACUGGGCCUCGUGUAAGGUGCAGCAGACCGAUCUCUCAGAUGAAGCUGUCGCUCGAGUGGUUUGCUGUAAAGUUGGAGAUUCUCCUGGAGUUUCAUAUUCUCACAUCGCAGCCAAGGCCUACGAGAGCGGAAGACCUGAGCUGGCUAUCCAGCUGUUGGAGUUCGAGGCUCGCUCUGGAGAACAGGUUCCUUUGCUGCUGAAGAUGAAGAGAAGUCACCUGGCCCUGAGUAAAGCUGUGGAGAGUGGAGACAGUGACCUGGUUUUCACGGUGGUCACGUUUCUGAAGAAUGAGAUGAACAGAGGAGACUUCUUCAUGACUCUGAGGAACCAGCCGCUGGCGCUGAGCCUCUACAGACAGUUCUGCAGGGUGCAGGAGUCUCAGACUCUCAAAGAUCUUCUGAAUCAGGACGAUGAUCAUGAAGGACUGGGGAACUUCUAUGUGAGCGCAGCGCUGAGAGAGAAGGUGAGACUCUAG